GUCUGGAUGACUGGAACACGCCCACUACCUCCUUGGUGCUGAAGAACAUCCGGUUUCCCCUUCGUCCUCUCACUCCGAGUCGCCAUUUUGACACACAUAAGCCAAGCAAGCACACUACCAGAAGUAACGAAGACAACGGAAAGGAUAACUAUGAGUGGAUGUCGAGUGUUUAUCGGUCGUUUGAGCCCUCAUGCUCGUGAGAGGGACGUGGAGAAAUUCUUCAAAGGUUAUGGAAGGAUCCGAGAAGUAAAUCUGAAGAACGGAUUCGGCUUUGUGGAGUUUGACGACCCCAGAGACGCUGACGAUGCAGUUUAUGAGCUGAAUGGCAAGGAACUCUGUAGUGAAAGGGUGACUAUAGAGCAUGCCCGCUCCAGAAGAGGGAGGGGUGGUGGACCUGGGAUGGGAGGAGGAGGAGGACGUUUCUCACCUCGUUUCAGCAGCUACCGCCAGGGGUCUGGUGAUCGCCGUGGUGGAGGGGGUGGUGGCUCCAGUAGGUAUGGUCCUCCGGUGCGCACUGAACACAGAAUCAUCGUGGAGAACCUGUCGUCACGCAUCAGUUGGCAGGACCUGAAAGACCUGAUGAGGAAAGUUGGAGAGGUCACCUUUGUGGAUGCCCACCGAACCAACAAGAAUGAAGGGGUGGUGGAGUUUGCGUCACACAGUGAUAUGAAGAACGCCCUUGAUAAGCUUGACGGUACAGACUUGAAUGGACGAAAGCUGAAGCUGUCUGAGGAUCGCAAGAGCCGCCGCAGCAGGAGUCGUUCCCGUGGCUCUCGCAGCUACUCCCGGUCCCGUAGCCGUAGCCGGUCCCCCCGCUCCAAGUCCCCCAGCCGUAGCAGGAGCCGUAACCGCUCCAGGAGCCCCCGCUCCGCCAGCCGUACUCCGGAGAAGAAGCCUUCCUCAGGAGGAGGGGGCAGGGCUGCACAUCGCUCCACUUCACGUUCCCCUUCCCGUUCCAAAUCCCGCUCCCCUGCACCACGUUCCCGUACCCCUCCCGCACGCUCUCGUUCCCGCUCCCCUCCCGCACGUUCCCGCUCCCCUCCCGCACGUUCCCGCACCCCUCCCCCACGUUCCCGUUCUCCUGCCCCGGCCCGGAAGCCGUCCCGUUCUCGGUCCCCCUCGGUGGAGAGCCAGCACUGAGCCGCUCUGAGUGAGCUGUUUAGGAAUAGUCCAGUGGAGGGAGUAGAGACUCAUUGGAAUGGCUGGAAUGGAACAACACUGAUAACGUUCUGUUUAUUCCGUACCAAUGAGUCUGUCCUCCUGAUUUAAAAGUGACCACCAGUCUCCACUGGUGUAGUGGUAUGUAUGGACUGAAGGGGAUGUCGUGCUGGAACCAGCCUGCCUGCCUGCUAGUGGGUUGUAAUGAAGAGGAGCCUUGCCUUGGGUCUAAUGCCCUCUCUCCCACAGUCUAAUUUUAAAAUCUGAGCUUUAGUCCUGGUUGGUUCAGUUCCUCUUGGACCUGGACUGGUUAUUUUAUGAUUAGAGGUUGGAUCCUGCGUCCCCCAAUUCAACUUCUAAUUUAGUCUUUAUUGCGAUCUGAAUAAGUAAGUUUCCUUUUGAAAACACAACUUUUUUUUUUUUAAUGAAAUGUACAGUGUGAUUUGAGAGCUUUUGAUUGGGUCGUAGUCCUGUUGAAUAUUUGUGUCGUUGUCCCUGCGGGUUUGUAAGUCUCAUUGUAAUUGAUAAGUUGUAUGGAAUGUACCUCUUUUUUUCCCCCUUUGACAAACUUUGUCUAAUCAAUACAAUAUGUUUUUUUUGUCCUGUUUGUGUUCGGAUCCAUACUCUAACAGUUAAGUUAAACUGCACCCAAAAUGAUUUAGAUGGGUGUUGUGUAGUCAUCUUCUAUUGGGUUUUGUUGCAUUUUAACAUUGACUGAUACUGAGAAAUACUGAAUAAGCAUUUCACAAAUUAAGUGAUUGUCCUCAUUUUUUUAUUUUUUAUAAACAUAAGACUACAAUUGCAUAGUCUAAACCAUCAUUUCUAAGUGUGCAUGCUUUGUUGAUCUUCGGUGUACUCGAUGGGCGAGCCCCGCGUGCAAAUUUGGAAGAUUGUGGUCAUUUGACUCUUUCUGUUCAAAAUGGUUGAACUAAAGAAAAUUCCCCUUUUUACCUGCGGCUCCGGAGAUGUGAUGUCCCUUGUUUAUUUUUUUCAGCUUUCUUUUUAGAUUCUACUCGUCUACAUUUUGUGGUCUUACCAGAUAUGAGACGGACAGCAGGGUGGUCUGCAUGUUGUGGCAGACAGGGAAAUGUCUGUCAAAUACGGAUUUGCUACAAAUAAAACAAUCUUUGCAAUUUUUUUUAAAGGAAAUGGUUCCCAAAAAAAAGGGAUAAAAUGUGAUCUUUAUAGAUCACAUGGGGGAUGUGAUCCUCAGCCUGAAAUGUCCCCACUUCUGCUGCCGAUUUUAGCUAGCUUUUGACGUGGUGCAAGUGAAGACGGUCAUGUGAAGGCAGGGCGGUCAUGUGCUAGCAGAUGUCCUGUGUUGGAUCCUCUGUGAGCAGACUGGAGGAAUCGCUACCUGUUAACACAAAAUAAUAAAGGUUUCCCUUUAACUUGA